AUGGCAAAUCGAAGGAACAGGAAAGAUGGUGACGAGAACAAAGAGGAAAUGGACGAAAUGCGUGGCGUUCGGUUGAAUGACGAGCAUAAUAAGAACGAAGAGGACAAUACGGAGUAUGAAGAGGAAAUGGACGAAUGCGCGUUUGCUUGA